AUGGCUUCUUCUCCUGAGAUCCCUAAGAAAUACAAGGCCGCGGUGUACGAUGCACCCGGUUCUAUUUCGACAAAGAUUGAAACCCUCGAUAUGCCUGAGCCUGGCCCGGGCGAGGUUCUUAUCAAUCUUACGCACUCCGGUGUCUGCCACUCUGACCUCGGUAUCAUGACCAAUGCGUGGAAGUCGCUGCCAUUUCCCACGCAGGCCGGUCAGGUAGGUGGUCACGAGGGUGUGGGCAAGAUCGUCAAGAUGGGACCUGGUAUGGAGAAUGCGGCCGUCAAAGUUGGAGAUCGUGUAGGGGUCAAGUGGAUGGCAGGGAUUUGCGAGAGCUGUGAGGCGUGUAGGGCGGGUAUAGAUGCUAGUUGUUUUUCUGGUAAAAUCUCUGGAUACUAUACCCCGGGUACCUUCCAGCAAUACGUCCUCUCACCCGCAAACUACGUCACACCCAUUCCGGACGGCAUUGAUUCAGCGGCUGCUGCACCCCUCCUUUGUGCCGGUGUGACAGUCUACUCUGCCCUGCGAAAGGCAAACGCCGAAUCGGGGAAGUGGGUUGUCAUCAGCGGCGCAGGAGGCGGUCUCGGCCACCUGGCCGUGCAGUUCAGCGCCCGCGGCAUCGGACACCGCGUCAUUGGCGUCGACCAUUCCUCCAAAAAGGACAUUGUCAUGGAAAGCGGAGCUGAACAUUUCGUCGCCGUAGACGGCACAGACGACGUGGUUGCUGCCGUGACUGCUCUUACCAACGGCCUUGGCGCUCACGCUGUGGUGGUUUGCACGGCGAACAACAAGGCAUACGGACAGGGACUGGAUAUGCUUCGUUUUGGCGGACGUCUCGUUUGUGUUGGUAUUCCCGAGGGUGACCCGCUGCCUGUCUCGUCUGCAUCUCCUAAUACCCUGAUCAUCAAAUCGUUGCAGAUUAUAGGUUCUGCGGUUGGUUCGAGGAAUGAGGCAAUCGAGACGAUGGACUUUGCGGCUAGAGGCAUUAUCAAGACGCAUUUUAGGGUCGAGAAGAUGGAUAAGUUGACGGAUGUGUUUAAGGAGAUGGAUGCGGGCAAGCUACAGGGUAGGGUCGUCAUCGACUUGUCGGACUAG